CUGAAUGGUAAGUGUUCAAUUUCUCUUUGUUAAUUCGUAGCAUUCCUUUCCCCAUAGUUGUUGUUUUCCGUUUCCGAUUCUUGAUCGUCUUAAUUUCUGUGUUUUUAGUCUAAUUUGAUUCCAUGGCUGGUUUGCAAUUGCUUCUUUAUCCGUUUAAUUCCAACAUUGUCGUCCGCACAGCAUGCUGUUCUGUGGGGACUGUUUUACCUGUCUACGCAACAUUCAAGGCCAUUGAGAAUAAAGAUCAGGUGGAGCAACAAAAAUGGCUUCUCUAUUGGGCAGCUUAUGGAACUUUCAGUGUUGCUGAAGCGUUUGCAGAUAAAAUUCUGUCCUGGUUUCCUCUCUACUAUCAUGUGAAGUUCGCAUUUCUUGUUUGGCUACAGCUUCCUUCUGUCAAUGGAGCCAGGCAAUUGUAUAUGAGCCAUUUACGGCCAUUCCUAUUGAGGCACCAAGCUAGACUUGAUCAAAUUGUGGAGUAUCUGCAUCGUGAAAUGUACAAAUUUGUCAGUACACAUCAAGCAGAAUUCAAAUUUGCUAAGGCACUUUUUCUGAAAGUUAUGGCAUCAGUGCACCAUAUGGUUCAGGAUCUUGUUCACCCAGGACAAAGAGAAGCAAGUGGUGCCUUCAGAGGCCCAGCGAGGCGUAUCCAGGAUUCACAAUCUGAUGAUGAAGGCCUAAAGUGAUAAUGUAAGUAGAGUUAUGGAUCAUUGUCGAUGGACAUGUAAAUGGAAAGCCGGACUUGGAAAACUUUUAGCCGAUUUACUUGUAUAUAGAAAGUGAUCCUUGAAUUGCCAACUGUUUUGAAACUUAAGCCAAACAUGUGCAUUCUAGAGAAAAAUUGUUUAGUUUAAGUUUUGUGUUUAUGAAUGAAUGUACUAGGUAAACUGAAAUGAAGUUGCAGUCGGUGCAGUGGUGUUCAUUC